CAAGAAAAUAUCAGACGGGUUGAUUCGGUAGACUAUUAUACUAUCCGGCGGCGUCAAUUCUCCACCGGCGACGUACGAAUCUCUUUCUCGUCCAUAAUCGGUCUGUUGUGGAGUUUCAGCACUUUGGGAAAGUCACAGAUCUAAGUAUUACGGGUAAGCAAGAGAGAAAUUCUCUAUCCUUGAUAGGGUGUCUGCUUUAGGAGUUGGAAUAAGUGUAAGUUUGGUAGAUUUUUGAUGGCUCUGAAGUUUCUGAAUAAGAAGGGAUGGCACACGGGUAGUCUUCGGAACAUUGAAAAUGUAUGGAAAGCAGAGCAGAAGCAUGAUGCCGAACAGAAGAAGUUGGAGGAGCUCCGCAAGCAGAUCCAGGAGGAGCGUGAACGCAGUGAGUUUCGCCAACUCCAGGAACAAGCUGGCUUGGUUCCCAGGCAAGAGAGGCUGGAAUUUCUUUAUGAUUCCGGAUUAGCUGUUGGAAAGGGAAGUUCUAGUGGGUUUGAAUCUUUGUCCAAGCCGACUGAUCCUGUAACAACUGCUGUAACAACUGUUGACUCCAGUUCUUCUGCCAAGCCACAAGCAUCUGUGCCAGGAGCUCUAUUUGAGGACAAGCCACAAUCUUCCAACGAUGCUUGGAGGAAACUCCAUUCUGAUCCCUUGCUUAUGAUUCGUCAGCGAGAGCAAGAAGCCCUUGCACGUGUGAAGAACAACCCUGUCCAGAUGGCCAUGAUUCGCAAAUCUGUUGAAACAAUGAAAAAUAAGGAUAAGAUGCAUGAUGAGAAAGAGAAGGAUGAACACAGACAUAAACAUCGAGACAAGAAAUCAAAGCAUCACCACUCGAAGUCAAAGCAUUUGAAGAAUUCGUCACCUAGGCAUACAUCUGAUCCAGAUGAAUGCUCAAGUGAAGAUGAUUUCAGGAGAAAGAGAGAGUCUCGCAGGGACAAGAAGUUUAAUGAUCAGAAAUUGUCUCGUAAAACAUCUGAUCCAGAUGAAAACUCGAGUGAAGAUAAUUUCAGGAGAAAGAGAGAGUCUCGCAGGGACAAGAAGUUUAAUGAUCAGAAAUCGUCUCUCUUACGAGAUCCUGAAGGAGACAAUAAUAUUGACAGAGAAAAAACUAAGAUUAGGCAUGAUAAUCUUGAAGCUGCGAAAUAUGAGAGGCAGACAAGAACUGAUCCACCAAGGCACGAAUCCCAUCGUAACUCUCGUGGGGAGACUAGAUCUGAUCUGCCAAGGCAUGAGUUGCGUCAUAACUCUCGCAAGCCUGUUAGACUUUCUGAAGAGGAGAGAGCUGCUCGUCUACUGGAGAUGCAGAAAGAUGCUGAGGUGCAUGAGGAGCAAAGAUGGAAAAGACUUAAGAAGGCAGAGGAAAAAGACGCUAAGGAAGUUGUACAAGCUGGCUCGUCUGGUGGUAGGAAUUUUCUGGAUGCUGCUCAAAGAAGUGUUUAUGGUGCUGGGAAGGGAGGAAGCUCCACAAUUGAGGAAAGUGUUCGUCGCCGAACACAUUAUUCGCAGAGAGCAGAAGCUUCAGAAGGCAAUGCUUUUCGGCGAUAAAAUGGUUGGCAAAAUUAAUGUAGUUCCUGCAGAGUUUUUCCAUAACGAAUCACUUCAUGUAAUCCAAAUGUAUUUCAUUUUGAUCACGCUGUUUAUCUGUUAUCAUACUGAACGAUAAUUGUGGGAUCAAGGUCAGUUUAAAUAUGCUGGUUUUCUCUGUGCAAAAAAAUGUUUUUAAGGUGGCUGGCUAGUUACUUGAGCUGUGAGAUUGUGCUGUUAGCUUUUGAUCAGAUUAAUAUUUUA